AUGGAACACUUGAGAGGUCUGAACGAGGAACAACGACUCGCUGUUACUGCACCUUUGAAUGGUCAGUUACAGGUGAUUGCUGGACCGGGAACAGGAAAGACCAAACUUCUCACAUCAAGAGUGGCUCAUCUUCUAUUGACCCAGAAUGUUCAACCGCAUCAGCUAAUUGUAACCACUUUCACGAGAAAGGCAGCUCAGGAGAUGAAAGAAAGGCUGGCGUUAUUGCUUGAGGGAUCACAAAUUGACGUUUCGAAAUUGAGGAUGGGGACAUUUCACAGUAUCUGUAUAAGGCUACUUCGAAAGUAUUCGGGUGAUAUGGACCUAGAUCCAAGGUUUACCGUGGCAAGUAAUAAGGACGUUGACGAUAUAGUUGAUGCUUUGAUAGGUAAUCUACCUGGACUAGAACUGCCUGAAAAGGCCGAUGAUGUGAUACGGGAUGAUCAAGGGAGACUGUCAAAGUCUAAGAUUAAGAGAGCCAUUUCACAUCUUAAAUCUAAGGCUUUAGAUAUCAAAGCAUAUAUGGAGAGUGAUAAGCAUGACAAGGACUUGUUGACGGUUUAUGAAGAAUACGAUAAGCGUAUGAAACGUCAAUCGAUGUUGGACUUUGACGAUAUCUUACUUCUCUCUCUAAAGCUCCUCAGAAAGAGGAAAUGCCUUUUUGGUAUUAAGCACGUACUGGUUGAUGAGUUCCAAGACACAAACCAUAUCCAACUCGAACUCAUCAAUGAGUUUUCACAUCAAAAUGAAGCAUUCCGUGAUAACAUCACAGUGGUGGGCGAUCCAGAUCAAAGCAUAUACGCAUUCCGUGGUGCUGUAUCUGAAAACUUUGAAUUCAUGAAGAAGAUGUACCCAAGUUGUACUGCUGUAUACCUGAGGGAAAACUAUCGCUCUACACAAGAUGUGUUGGAUGCAUCUGAACUCAUCAUGAAGGACCAACAGGAUCGUGAUUCAAAGUUGUUGAGGUCUCAGUACAAAGACAGUUUCAAGAUUGUUUAUAGGAAUUUUGCUAACGAUUUCUUAGAAGCAAAGUUUAUCGCUAAGGAAGUGGAGCAUGUGAUUUCGAUGAAGCUUGUUGACGAGAAUGAUAUUUGUAUCUUAGUCCGCUCAAACUAUAUGACACGAAUAAUAGAAAAAGAGUUGAACAACUGUCGAAUCAAAUACUCAAUAGUCAAGGGUCGUGCUUUUUGGGAAAGAAAAGAGAUCAGCUUGUUGGUUGACAGAUUGAGAGUUGUUGUUCGACCGCACGAUAGUUGUGCACUCCUCAGAGUUCUUGGUUCCCACACAGGCAUUGGUCUUAUGAGUGUUAAGAAGAUUGGCAAGUUGAUUGAUGAGCUGCAUGGGACUAAUGAACCACUGAGGAUACUUCAAGAUAUAUCAUGUGGUAAUCUGAGACUGGAAAAACUACAAACUAAAGUGAUUAAUACCUGUAAAGAGCUUUAUGAAGAAAUCAGAGAUUGCCAAAAAAUUUACAAUAGGGAGCUAUCAGAUAGGAGUUCUCUUCUUAGAUUGUUUGACCGUGUAUCCCAACAACAAGCCAUACAAAAAUUGGUUACAGAUGAUGAGGAGAAGCGCAACAAUCUUUCAGAGGUUAGAAAAUACCUGGAAAUAUUCGAACCUGAUGAUAUUGAUCAAGAAGUGGAGGAGCUGACUCUCUUGGAACAUUUCCUCAAUUCCAUAGAUAUAUACUCACCGGAAGAGAUGGAUGAUGACGACAGGAAGAAGACCAAUGAACCAUCCAGAAAGGUUUCAAUCUCCACCAUUCAUUCUGCAAAGGGCCUAGAAUGGAAGGUUGUGUUUGUUGCGGGUCUGACACAAGGCAAGUUUCCUUCAUCACACAUUGACCCUCUUGUUGAGUCGCCAGUGAAAAAGGUCUGUGAAGAGAGACGGGUCCUGUAUGUGGCCAUGACGAGGGCACAACAGUUGUUGUACGUCACAUCAGCCUCUGAGACGUCGGUCCUAGUCAAGAGACUUACUGACAAUACAGGGAUCGCAACACAGAGGCAAAUCUCGUUAUCCACAACUGAGAAGCUUGAGAAAUUAGCCAGGCAGAUUGGCACCGUGGUUGAAUCCUGUGAAAGUCAUGUUCAGAAGUAUCUCUCUCUACACCCGGUGGUUACUCCCCAGGACCGUUAUUACAACAAGAUACAGACAAUUGACAAGGCACCUUCAAUCGAAAACAGAAUAAGCUAUGCUGGUGGCAAAGGCCCUAAAGUACCAAGUGACUUCAAACUUGGUCGUUACGGUUACCCGAGAAUUGUGACAAAGAGAGCUGUGUCAAGGAUUGGCAUGCCCGAAUAUCCAAUCCCAGACAACGCACCACCAGUGCUGGCCCCAACUUCAAAGAGUCUCAAUCUACCCGCACAGGCUCCCAAGAGAAGGAAGACGCUCGGAGUACGUAGAAGGAAACCCUAA